CCACCUCUACUGGUGUUGUAAUUUUUCUUGUCGCAAGGUGAAAACGAUUUAAACGGUUUUUCAUAGUGAAAAGUGCAGCUAAUUGCCCGAAUUGCGCACCAAAGUGUAGACGAAAGUGCCGUUUAUUCGAUUUCGACGCGGCAGCAGUGAAUAAACGGCCCAAAGUGCAUGAAAAACGUGCUUGAAAAUUUUACUUUGUGUGUAGCCACACGCACUUCAGCACACACACUCGCACACACACACAGACAGAGGGAGAUAAACGCAGCGAUGGCCUCGCAGUCGCACUCGCACAUAUAAAAAGCUCGCUUGUAUAUUGGAGAAGGAGCGCACAAAGCAGAAGACGAGAGGAAAGAUUUCUGUGUCAUUGAACGAGAAAAGAGGAAAACGAAGAGAGCCAGGAGCGGAGCGGAGCUCCUGUUCCACCUCUUCAUCUUCCAGCGGCCGCAGGUGCAGAAGCCUCUUUCCGAUUCCAAGGAUACGAUACCCAGCAUAGGGGCGCUCUCUCUCUCUCUCUCUCUUCCUCGAUCGAUACUGCUCACCCGCGUGGAAUCAGAGGAUUGAGCAAGAUGGACGCCAAGCCAAGGGGACACGUAGUUUUAUGACUCUGAGGGGCAGCCAAGCCAGCCAACCGUCGCACUAGAAAUCUAGAAGCCGGGCUACCAGAGAGCAGGAGCAGUCAGUACCCAGGAGUAGCCACAGAUAGAACAAUCCACAGACACCAUCAUGGUCGACAACAGUGUCCAGUGCCCCGUGUGCACUUUGUACCUGCACGCGGGCAUGAAUCUCUCCGAUCACUUGGAGACGCAUCCCAAGGAGCAGGUGAUCAAGGCGCUGGUGCAGAUGACGAUCGUCGGGAGCGGUGGCAACAGCAUGGGCAGUGUUCUGGCCGCCGCCAUGCUGGCAGGAGGAUCAGGAGGUGGAUCGAGUGGUGGUGGCGAAGCCAGCAGUGCGGCGGCUGACGAGAAACCAGCCGUCUUAUCACCGCCUUCUGGUGGCGAUGUCAAACCAGUUGUGGCCAAUACCAUAUCAGCGGCGCCUGUGGUGCCGGCAGCACCGCCACCGCUCUCCUCCUCCCUCGGAGCCGCCUCUUCCACAACCAGCUCCACGCCCACCUCCCCCUCCGCAAGCAGCAGCAGCAGCAAACUGAGCAAUCCACCGAUGAAAGCACUGAAAUGCGCACCGCCCACGACUGAGGCGCGAGCCAACACAUCCGCACAUCCCACCACGAGCAGCGUGUCCACCUUGUACCAGCCAGCGCAGGUCACUCCGGACUAUCGCUUCAACCAGCAGCAGCAGCAACAGCAGCCGCAGACGACGGGCUUUGGGCGUGGAGUCACCACCACCUCGGCAGCCACUCUGGUGAUACCGCAGGUGCCGCAGCAGCACUUCCUCGCCAGCCACCAGCAGCAGGCCCACUUUGCACAUCAGCAGCAGCCGCCGCAGCAACAACAGCAGCAACAACAGCAGCAGCAGCAGCAGCCUGCCCUGAAGUUCAGCUAUGCCACAGCUUUGCCCCCACCUCCGCCGUUGCAGCUAUUCACGCAGCAGCAGCAACAUCCGACGGUUGCCCCAUCGCAAACACAGCAGCAGCAAUCGCACCAGAAACCACCUCCCGCCUACGGAGCAGCCAUCAGUCAAAUACGAUCUCAGCACAACCAAAACAAGCAGCAGCCGCAGCCACAGCCUCAAAACGUGGCCAUGCAGCAUAAUAACCUAGCCCUGGCACCACCGACUUCUACUGGCAAGCAGCCGCCCAGUAAGCCGCAUACGGAAGUAUUCCUGAAUCCCCCACCACCGCCACCGGCACAGCAACAACAGGCGCAGCAGAUGCACAGUCUGGUGCAGCAUCAGCAGAAUCAGGGCCAGCUCCAUCAGCAAUCCCACCACCACCAGCAGCAGCAGCAUCACCAGCAGCCACCGAGCUUGCAGGCCUACGGGUCAGGCUGCAGUUCCUCCUCCAGCAACAUCCCCUCCACCUCGGCAUCUGCAUCUGGACUUCGGGUGAAUCGUCAGACCAACUCGCCCUUUGGAGCGCUGCUCAAUGCUGCGGCGGCUGCGGCCUGCGCCUCGCCAGCCUCCUCCAGCGCAUCCUCUUCAGUCCUGCGCUUUGCGGAGUCACCAGUGGCCCACUAUUUAGAGCGUGAGAACGGUGACUUUAUUGUCCAGGAGACGCCAAAGCAUAUUGUCGAGUGUGUGGAAAAGGAGGACGGCGAGUUCUCCGUAAUCGAGCGCAUUUACCAAUCCCCGCCGAGCGUUUUGCACAUACACGAUGACGAUGAGGACGACGAAGAGGAUGAAGAGGAGGAGGAGGACGACGACCAUGAAGCUCCCCCGGAGGAGGAUGACGGCGACGAUGAGCGGGAGGAGAACAGCCACAGCCGCAGUAAUGUGAGCAAAACAACGAAAAAGGCUCGCAAGACGAAGCCCAAGCGAAGCUCCAAGCGGGUAUCCGACGAGGAGGAGUUUAUGAGCCUGAGCAGCGGAUGCGAAAGUGAGCUGGAAAGGGAGCGCAAGCAGGAGCAGCCCAAUGCGACGGCGGCUCCUCUACCGCCUCCUUUGUGCACUGCUCCUUCUACGAGCACCGCUGGAGCUUCCUUCGCUUCCUCCUCGAAUCUGGCGGAUAAUCAUUCCAAUUCCGCUUCCAACUCCGCCUCCAAUUCAAACUCCACCACCACGAAAUCCAAGAAGAAUCGCAUCACCGUGCUCAGCGAUGUGCCGCUCAAUAUGAAUGAGUAUCUCGAUUUGAUGGGCAACAUAGUGGCCUCCAGUCGGAGUAUUGGGGCAGGUCGUCCCUUUGCCGCCGUGGCUCCCAUUCCACUCGUCAAGGUGGAGAAGGAGGAGCCCCUGGACGACUACGAUAGUGUGGCGGUGGCAGUGGCUCCGACUCCCACUGAACUGGAGCAGAAGCCCAGCUUGGAGCACGGCACCACCAGCGUGAUUCGCAUGGCUACCGCGACUGGAGUGUCUCCCGAGGAUCUCACCCAGCCGCCGACGAUGAAGGUCGAGGUGGAGCCCACCACAUUGCUGCCGCAGCGCUUCUCCACUCCCGCCCAGCAGCGCGGGCCCAAGAAAUUAGUCAUCAAACCAAAAGCAACAGCGACAGCGACGACAACGAAAAAGACUGACACCCCAUCUUCCUCCAGCAGCAGCAGCAACCCAUCCAUAUCAAGAGAUCUGCAGGUGCAGGUGAAGAGUGAGACUGUGGAGGCUCCAGCGCCCAGCAGCAGCAGCAUUCUGGAGAAGCACCUGACCACCAGCCGCAAACUGCACUCGGCGGUCAACGAUGACGACGCACGGGUGCUGUUGGAGUUUGCCAACUCGAAGCAGCCGCCGCCACUGGCCACCUCGAGCACGACGUUCGUAGUGAAUGCCAGCACCGGCGGCUUCCCCUCGGCGGGAUCUGUGUUCGCCAGCAGCAGCAGCAGUAGUGGCUGCUCCAAGGCACCGGCCAAGCCGGGCGAUGAGUACAUCCUGCCGGACAACAAUGUGGAUGUGGAUGUGGAUGAGAUUGUGAUAUCCUCGUCGUCUUCCUACAACUCCUCAGCGGCCCAGGUGCAGGCCACGCUGCAGCCGCCGGACUUGAACUUUCUGUACCACCAGACCAGCACCACCACGGCUACGACGGCCACCUACUUUAAUCCCUUCUCCAGGCAGCAGCAGCAGCAUCAUCAGCAGCAGCAGCUCCACCAGCAUGGCGUUAGCGAUGCCACCAAUGCGGCCACCUUGGCUUCGUCGUCCAGCAAUUCAAUGGAUCACGACUCAAUGAAUGCAACAUUCCGGGUGGCCAAGACGCAGUCGCUGCAGUGGUACCACCAGCAGGAGCAGGAACACGAUCCGCAGAACCAGGGCGGCGGCGUGGAAUCGGGAACAGCCACUCGCUCCAAUCAGAGCCAAGAUGUGGUCAGCCACCAGCCCACCAAUUUCAAUGCCGCUCUGGCGGCCGUCGAUUGCUGCAGCGUUGCUUUGGAUGAGGAUGCCAAGUAUCUGGACCUGGACGCCUGCAAGCGGGAGCAGCUGAGCAGCAGUAGCAACCUUCCCUCGGCUUCCGCCUCCACCACGUCGUCCUCGUUCGCAGGCGCCGGCACGGAGAGCAGUCUGGUUGGUGGCCUGAACAUCCGCACGGAUGAGAAGAUGCCCGCCAAGGGUGAGAUCUCCGAGCAGGAGAGCAACUGCGACAUUGAGAACUCCUGGAGUGAGUCGGUUUACGGGGAUAUUUCGCAGCGGUACUUCAGGAAUCAGUUUUCUGGAGGCUACAACCCCGACUGGCGACAGGAUUACUACCCGGCCCAGGAUCUCAGCGGCCAGCAGAGGGAGCAAAAACGUUUCGACUUUAAUGCGGUUGACGAUGAGGCCUCGUCCAGCUCACGAAAGAGUCACCUAACAGAUGUCGUCCCAACUGCGGCCACCUCCUCCGCGUCCACGUCAUCGGCUUUGCUGGCGGGUCCACCAAUAGCUUCGACAUCGCGGGCUGCCGCAGAGGCGGCAGCGGAGGCGGCUGCUCUCGCUCAACGGAAGCCGCAGCGCCGCAAGCUCUACAAGUGUCCCCACUGCGAGGCGAUCUUCGAGAAGCUGAAAGAGCGCAAUGCGCACAUGAUUGGCGAGCACAACUACGUGCGUCAGAACCGCCGGCUCAUCUGCACUCAGCCGCAGGUCAGCGCCUCGAUGCUGCCGCCGCAACAGCAGCAGAUGAUCCUGCAGGCAGGCGAGGGUGUACACGAGGACUCCAAGGAUGGCAUAGUCAAGAUAAAACAGGAGCAGUGCCAGGAAAAGCAGGAUGUGGAGCAUAUGCACGCCCAUUCCGAACUGCUGGCGGAUGUCAAGGACUCGGAGCUGCUGGGCAUCGGUGGUGGCGAUGGUGAUGGGGAUGUGGACGGCGACAUUAAGCCACCCAGCCAGUUGGAUGAGAAGCCCACGCUGCCGCCGCUGGCCAUGACAACGCCGGCUGCCAAAUUGGCCGCCUUGUAUCGCAUGCUCAUCGCCUACAACGAGUCCAAGCUCGGCCAGGAGCGCAACAAUCUCAGCGAACUCGAGCAGAAGGCCAUGGAGAAGUCGAUCUUUCUGUGCUACGUUUGCCGCACGGACUUUCCAUCCGUCAAACUCUACGACGCUCAUCUCACCGAGCAUCCUGCCGAGUGCUUCACCUGCGGCAAGAAGUUCUACCGCUGGAAGAACUUUUCAUUGCACCUCAAACGACACUUGGGCUGGAAGGAGUUUGGAUGCUACGUCUGCGACAAGAAGUUCGUGGUGCGCAGCGCCCUCGUUGAGCACAUGCGAAUGCACACGGGCCAAACGCCACUCAAGUGCAAGAUAUGCGGUAAAAAGUUCAAGCGCUACUCGAAUCUGACGCAACACCGCAAGCGGCACACCAAGAUGAUGGUGCGCAAGAAGGAGUACGUGUGCCACUGCGGCGAAGUGCUGCCCUCGAAGGCGCGCUUCCUGUGGCACAAGGAGACGCACGACCUGAAGCCCAAGUGCUGUCCCUACUGCUGCGAUCGGUUCGUGCACGCCAACUCGCUGCGCCGACACAUCCGGCUGGCCCACUCCGACAAGUUCGACUACGCCGAACCGAUGGAGUGCCCCAUGUGCAAGCAGAUCUUCGCCAAGACGUCGAUCAAGGCGCACAUGGCGACGCACUCUACGGAGCCGCAGUACGACUGCGCCAUUUGCAGCAAGAGCUUCUCCACCAAAUGGAAUCUCAAGAUCCACUCGUGGGUCCACGCCAACCGGACGGCCAAGCCCUUCAAGUGCGAGUACUGCCCCAAGGCGUUCGUGCGGGAGCUGGACUUCAAGAACCACAUCAACGCGCACAAGCAGAUCAAGCCGUAUACGUGCGAGUACUGCGGCUGCAAGUUCAUACGCAAGUACAACUACAUGAGGCAUCGGCGCGAGCAUCACGGCACCAAGAAGUUCACCUGCGACCAGUGCGACAAGUCCUUCCAUCGGCACUACUAUCUGAUCGAGCACCGGCGCAUGCACACCGGCGAGCGGCCAUUCACCUGCACCAUCUGCGGCAAGAGCUCCACCACGAAGACCAACCAUAACAAGCAUCUGAAGAUCCACCAUUCGCGCGAUCCGUUCACCGUGGAGGCCUAAGGGUGCUCGCUAAUCGAACUAAAGUUUAAUAUAAUCAUUACCUAGGUAGUUGUUUAUGACUCAUCUCUGUGUGUACUGUGUGUGUCUGUGGUUUAAACAAAACAAAACAAAACAAAUUAGUAUUACUUAUCGCUCUAUAUAUAUUUAGUUUACAUAUGCGAUUGCCAACUCUUGUUGAAUAAGCAAACAAGAAACAAUUAUCACAAUAAUUACAUUUUACUAAUCAGACAUUUUGGAUGUGGUUUAAAGAACGUAGCUAAAUGUGAAAGUGUUCCCCCCGUUCUCUUCCUCUCGAUUCGAAUCGCAAUUCGCGUCAACCGCUUUAAUCCCGUUUAGGUUUUAGUUUUAAAUCCACUUUAGUGAAAUGGCAUACCUAGUUCAGUGCAAUAUACAUCGAUUAAUUACUAUAUGCCGCGAUACGUUUCAUUUCUGUAGUUUAGUUCGCAUUAAGUUUU